AUGUACUAUAAUGUUCACGAGGUGGAAGUUGUUCACUGUGACAAAUGUGAGUUUUCUACGAACACCAAGGACAAGUUGAAAGUACACAUGAGAAGAGUACAUCUAAACACGACAAAAACAUGUCCGGUUUGUCAGAAGCAGGUCCGAAUGUUGAAACGACACUGGGAGAACACUAAGUGUGGGGAUACUCCGACUGAUGGAGAGCUUCUAGCUACCCGACUGCUCUCAAUGGUGACUAGAUACUGCUCAGGAGCAGCUCCUCACUUUCCUAUGAAAAAGGUUCUCUUGCUUUUAUGGAAGACAAUAUUAACUACUCUGGGUGGAAGAGAGGAAUUAGCGAACCUCAAAAAUAAAUAUAGAGAAUUAGCAGGUAUUCCACCCAUCAAGGAAGAUACAGUUACUGUAAGUCAGACAAUGCGGGCAGCUAGUCCGCCAGCCACAGGGGUAGAGCUUAUUGAGUCUGGUAGGCGGAGGAGAGGAAUGUUGGGGCGGAUGGCGAAACAGAACUCAUUGGACGAUAUGGGAAUAGAUCUAGAUGAGGAUGGAGAGGAGUAUAAUGAUGAAGAUAGUUGGGUAGAAUCAGGGUUCUCCCAUCCUAUUAUAAUUGUAUUUGUAGAAGAGGAUGGAAAGGAGUAUAAUGAUGAAGAAAGUGGGGUAGAAUCAGGGUUCUCCCCUCCUAUUUUCAUUGUAUUUGUAGAUGAGGAUGGAGAGGAUUAUAAUGAUGAAAAUAGUUGGGUAGAAUCAGGGUUCUCCCCUCCUAUUAUAACUGUAUUUGUAGAUGAGGAUGGAGAGGAGUAUAUUGAUGAAGAUAGUUGGGUAGAAUCAGGGUUCUCCCCUCCUAUUAUAACUGUAUUUGUAGAUGAGGAUGGAGAGGACUAUAUAAAAAUGAAGAUAGUUCGACAAAAGGAUGUAGAGGCAUUUCUUGACGCAUCUAGACAAAAAUUUGUUGGAUACAAACUUCAGGAUGAUGUGAGCUCUUUGGCAGGGCUACCACCUUCAGUACACGAGGGAGUUAAGGUUUUUAAACAGUUUAUGUAUGAGAGCCUAUCAGAGUCUCAGAUAAAAAGAGAAGAAGAAAUUUUUAAGAAUCCGUUUUCCAAACCGGAAGUAGAAAUUGAGCAGACACCAGCGGAAAUACUUUAUCAGGCCAUGUUGCCAAGUCUACCCCAGUAUAUGAUUGCUUUACUCAAGAUAUUGCUAGCCGCAGCUCCUACUAGCAAGGCUAAGACCGACAGUAUAAACAUUAUGACUGAUGUACUUCCUGAAGAGAUGCCUAUGACAGUCAUCCAAUCCCUUAAACUGGGCAUAGAUGUAAACAGGCAUAAGGAGAUAAUUGUGAAAGCUGUUUCUGGAAUUCUUCUUCUUCUUCUUAAACAUUUCAAGAUAAACCACACGUACCAGUUCGAGUUCAUGUCCCAGCACCUGGUGUUCGCCAACUGUAUCCCCCUGGUCCUUAAGUUCUUCAAUCAGAACAUCACGGCCUAUAUACAGUCCAAGAACAACAUUGCUCUUCUAGAUUUUCCUUCAUGUGUAAUAGGGGAGCAACCUGAGUUGACCGCAGAAACUCUUGAAGUAGGAGAUACAUCUCUUUAUUGCUGGAGGAAUAUGUUUUCUUGUAUCAAUCUUCUUAGGGUUCUAAAUAAACUGACUAAAUGGAAGCACUCCAGGAUUAUGAUGUUAGUUGUCUUCAAGUCUGCUCCCAUUCUGAAGAGGACUUUAAAGGUGCGACACGCUAUGCUACAGCUAUAUGUACUAAAACUAUUGAAAAUUCAAACUAAAUAUCUUGGAAGGCAAUGGAGGAAAACAAAUAUGAAAACGAUGAGCGCUAUUUAUACAAAAGUUAGACACAGGUUAAAUGACGACUGGGCUUACGGGAAUGAUGUUGACAGUAGACCUUGGGAUUUCCAGGCAGAAGAAUGCAUUCUCAGGUCCAACGUUGACCGGUUUAAUCAGCGGCGCUAUGACAAGGGCGGAGAGCGGCGUGAGUCGGAUGGAGAUUUUACGCCUGUAGAUAACUGUGUUAACAGUGUACUAGGACAGGAAGUGGAUCUUACUGACGAGUUUAAGGCGAACUAUGAGAGAUGGUUGCACAAGGAGGUCUACAACUCAGAGAUAGACUGGGACGAGUUGUUAAUAUAUACAGGCAUAUAGACAACACGCUGUGACGUCAUCGGGAACUAAAAACUAGAAGUUAUGCUGUACAUACGUUUAUGUACAGUGUGAACUGUGUACACUGUACUCAAUAAUGAUGUCAUUUUGUAUGUAAUGUAUCCUUUAGUUUUGUACUAGAUUGUAAUACCAAAUAUGUAGACGUAUCUAUUUUUUAAGGUUGGAUUUUUAUUCAUUGAUUUCAACUCAUUUCAAUAAUCUUUUGACACUCAUAAAAAUUCGUAUUUGUGCAAGUAUUAUAUGUAAAAUAUAUAACAUUACAUGUCUUCAGA